AUGUCUGACUUACAGCUAGAUAUUUUACAGAAGUUGAAUGAACUGGGAACUAUCGAGUCAACGCUCGAUGUGUUCUCAAACAUAGAUCCCCAAGUGAUUCUCUCGUCACUCAAUUCGCUAAAGGCCCAUGGGAAACUUGAAUACACAAAGCAAGAUAAAACUUACUUCACUUUAACGAAAGAGGGUGACGAUAUUGUGGCGAAAGGAUCUCAUGAGAUCAGACUACUACAAUUGGUGGCUAAACUGACAAAAUUGCAAAUUAAAGAUGUGGCAACUCACAUGGGUGCUGACGGGAAAGUCGGACAAGCCAAAGCAUUUAAGAAUGGCUGGCUCUCUAAGAACAAAGAUAAUGAGCUGACUGUCAGCGAGAAGGUUUCAUCUGUGGAUGACGUUGUUGACGAGACCAAGGAUAUCCUGUUACAAAUUCAAGAUGGCAAGUACGAGUGUAUCAACGAGAAAACCCUGAAUGACCUCAAAAAGCGGAAGCUCAUCGCCGCCAAAAAAGAUACCAGCUUCAAAGUGGUGAAGGGCGCCGAUUUCUCCACCGAACUCACCAAGCUCGAAACUGAUCUGACCGCUGAUAUGGUGGCCAGUGGUACCUACAAAGACCUCAAAUUUAAGCCUUACAACUUCAACGCCGAAGGUAUUUUGCCUGAAUCAGGUGCCCUGCAUCCUUUAAGUAAAGUACGGGAGGAAUUCAGACAGAUUUUCUUUUCGAUGGGUUUCACAGAAAUGCCUUCGAAUCAAUACGUCGAAACCGGAUUCUGGAACUUUGAUGCCCUUUACGUCCCUCAACAACAUCCAGCUCGUGACUUGCAGGACACAUUCUACCUGAAGGAUCCCAUCAAGAGUGACUUACCAGAUGAUAAGACCUACAUGGAAAACAUCAAAGCAGUUCACGAAGAAGGCAAGUACGACUCUAUUGGGUACCGUUAUAAUUGGAAACCUGAAGAGUCUCAGAAACUAGUUUUAAGGACCCAUACAACAGCUAUCUCUGCUAACAUGCUGAAGAAAUUAGCAGAAGAUCCUAAACCCACAAGAUUGUUUUCGAUCGACAGAGUUUUUCGUAACGAAGCUGUCGACGCUACUCAUUUGGCCGAGUUCCAUCAAGUUGAAGGUGUUCUGGCCGACUACAACAUCACUCUGGGCGACUUGAUCCAGUUCAUGGAAGGUUUUUUCGAAAAGAUGGGUGUUACCGGUCUACGUUUCAAACCCACUUAUAAUCCGUACACUGAGCCAUCGAUGGAGAUUUUCUCGUGGCACGAAGGUUUGGGCAAGUGGGUUGAAAUUGGUAACUCUGGUAUGUUCAGACCCGAAAUGCUGGAACCUAUGGGUCUCCCACCUAACAUGAGAGUAUUGGGCUGGGGUUUAUCACUAGAGAGACCUACUAUGAUUAAGUAUGGUGUGCAAAACAUCAGAGAACUACUGGGUCAUAAGGUGUCUCUUGAUUUCAUCGAGACCAAUCCAGCUGCCAGAUUAGAUGAAGAUCUGUACGAGUAA